AAGUGCAGGAUGAUGGUUCUAUAUCAUGGAGAAAGAGGAAGAAGCACUUCUUUAUUUUAAGUAAUUCUGGCAAACCAAUAUAUUCCAGAUAUGGGGAUGAGCACAAGCUUGCAGGUUUCUCAGCAACACUGCAAGCCAUUGUUUCUUUUGUGGAGAAUGGGGGAGAUAAUAUCAAUUUGGUUAGAGCAGGAAAGCACCAGGUGGUCUUUCUUGUUAAGGGACCAAUUUACUUAGUUUGCAUCAGUUGCACAGAGGAACCCUACGAAUCAUUAAGGGGCCAAUUGGAGCUUAUUUAUGAUCAGAUGAUACUUAUCUUAACAAAGUCCAUAAACAGAUGCUUCGAGAAGAAUCCUAAGUUUGAUAUGACACCUUUGCUUGGAGGAACAGAUGUUGUUUUCUCAUCUCUCAUCCAUUCUUUCAGUUGGAACCCGGCUACAUUUCUUCAUGCAUAUACUUGUCUUCCUCUUGCUUAUGCAACAAGGCAAGCAGCAGGUGCUAUAUUGCAAGAUGUGGCUGAUUCUGGUGUUCUGUUUGCAAUACUGAUGUGUAAACACAAGCUUAUUUCAGGUUGUUAGUCUUGUUGGUGCACAAAAAGCCUCACUUCACCCAGAUGAUAUGUUGCUACUUUCAAACUUUGUAAUGUCAUCAGAGUCAUUUAGGACAUCCGAAUCUUUCUCACCAAUUUGCUUACCAAGAUAUAAUCCCAUGGCAUUUCUCUAUGCUUAUGUCCAUUAUCUUGAUUUUGAUACAUAUUUGAUGUUGCUUACUACUAGUUCAGAUGCUUUCCACCAUCUUAAAGAUUGCAGGUCACGUAUAGAAAUGGUUCUUUUGAAGUCCAAUGUUCUUAGUGAAGUUCAAAGAUCCAUAAUAGAUGGUGGGAUGCGUGUGGAGGAUUUAUCUGCUGAUGCAUUGCUUCGAUCAGGAUCAUCUCCUCAUCUAGGACAGUACAGGCCCCCAACAGAUUCUCCGGAGAGAGUUAGGGACCCAGUCGUUCGCAUUGGUGGCCCUGAUGGACUUUGGCAUUUUAUUUAUCGUAGCAUAUAUCUGGAUCAAUAUGUAUCCUCAGAGUUCUCACCUCCCCUUAUCACUGCCCAACAACAGAAAAGGUUAUAUAGAGCCUACCAGAAACUCUAUGCUUCCAUGCAUGAUAAAGUAAUAGGGUCCCACAAAACCCAGUUUAGAAGAGAUGAAAAUUAUGUUUUACUCUGCUGGGUCACCCAAGAUUUUGAAUUCUAUGCAGCAUUUGAUCCACUAGCUGAUAAGGUUGCAGCGAUAAAUACUUGCAACCGGGUUUGUCAAUGGGUGAAAGAUGUGGAAAAUGAGAUCUUUUUGCAGGGAGCAAGCCCCUUUUCAUGGUGAUGUUGAUUUUGUAACAAAAAAUGUAGUCUAUUUUAGUUUAUCCAAUAUAUGUAGUUCCUCCAAUAGAUGAUUUUUUUUCACCACACACGCUUAACAGCUUUCAUACCAAUGGUUAGGUAGUCAAUUUGAGUGAUUCACAAUCUGAAGUUUGCAUUCUCUGUCAUUUACAAAUCGAAGAAUGUAAUAAAUCAUUUGAGGCAGAACUCUCUGUUUCUAAGCUCUAGACCCAGGCAGUUUGUAUCAUCUAAAGCUCCUCUUGCUCUACUUAUUUAGUUUUUGUUUGGAAGGGAACUGAAGUGCUGUGAAGAAAUUUACCUUGCUUGUUGCCUAGGAAUUUAGAUUCGAGUUUUUGACGUUCUUGCUUCUCUCUUCUCAGUUAUCAAAACAACAAGAGUAUUUUCUUAUUCUUUUAAUGAAAAAUAGUAUGAAUU